GUGAAAUUCAAAGCAAAUCAAGCUGUGAUUGGCUUACCAAUCAAGUCCAAUUCAGUCCUUCAGACUCCUUAAAUUUUAAUAUUCAGGAUUUCCCUCCCCCUCUAGGUUUUAUAUGUAAUUGUGAUUCUUGGGGACGUGCCCCGGCUUUUGUAAUACGGCUUGGAUUUAUCAAAAAAAACUUUAAUAUUUAUGCAAAAAGCCCUUGAAUCAACCACAUUUUCACCUGGGGAAAAGUCGGAGGGGCUUUAUCCGACGAACAGAAUGGCAGUUUGGUUUGAAUCAUAAUCGGAGGGUAAAUUUGUAUAGAGAUAUCAGUUGAAUAGAUGGAAACAACCCAACCACUUUCAGAGCUUCAAAAUCUGCAAACACCUAAAAAAGAAGAGAAUGAUGUGGAAAAAGAGUGCAAAACUGGUCAUCAAUCAUACGUUGUAUCUUCUCGAUGCACCCGUUCUCAGGUGGCUCCUGACUGGACUGCACGGGAAAUACUUAUUCUUAUAGGCGAGGUUGCUUCUGUUGAAGGUGAUUGCUUGAAAGCACUGUCUUAUUAUCAGAAAUGGAAAAUUAUAUCAGACAAUUGCACCGCAGUGGGUGUUGUCAGAUCAUUAAAUCAGUGCCACAGGAAGUGGGAUUCACUUCUUCUGGAAUAUAAAAGAAUCAAGGACUGGGAAUCCCAGUUGGUGGGCAACGCAUAUUGGUCUCUGCAGUCUGAAAGGAGAAAAGAGUUUGGGCUUCCAGUUUCUUUUGAUAGAGAAGUCUUUGAAUCAAUUGGUGAGUUUUUGAAGGCUCAAGAGGAUCGCUGUACAGACCUGGAUGAUGAUCCAGAAGGAGGGGCUGACAUGCUUGAUGUAAUAUUGGAUUCUGGUUCCAAGAAGCGAAGGCGCAGACCAGUUGCUCAGAAAAGCAAUGUAGAAGAUGAGCAGGAGAUAGUAGAGAAAUUACGUGAGAACUCAGACUUCAUCCAUGCAAUACUGAGAGGAGACUUCACUGAAAAUGAAGACAAAGGGUUGACUGAUUUAAGAAAUAUCCAUUCAAGCCAGACUAAAUUCACAAGGAACCAGGCUGAUGAGUUGAUCAAGGUCCUUGGAACUCUUGCUAGCACGGUUAACCAGCUUUAUGAUCAGAUUCAGUAAGGAAGACAAUUCUCUGUGAGAUCAUAAUGUAUAUUUUCCAUGACAUGUCAAUCGUAGUAGUUUGUAUGAACCUGGUAACUAUUAUGUUUUCCAUUACAAGAUAACUGUAGUGUUUAGUUUGUAUAA